CGCCAUAGAAUUUUCAAUCUGUUCAGAAAAUUAACAGAACAAUGUUGUUCGGAGGUGUUAUAGCAGUUGUUCUUUUGAGCCAAGUUUCAGCUACUACCAAUUGUGAAACAUUGUGCAAACAUCUGAGUUCUAAUCCUCUCAGAUACGAGAACUGUCUCUGGGAUUGUGAUGUUUUGGAUGACUGCAAGAAAUGUGAAGCGCCAAGAUGUGAAGACAAACCAGAUGGCUGCAAUCAAGCAACUGAACAGUGUAGAGAUACUGAUAAUGGGAGAGUUUGUGACUGUAAAAAUGGUUUCGAGAAAAAAGAUGGCAAAUGCGUAGAUAUCGACGAGUGUGCCACAAAUACUGCUAAUUGUAACUCGAAUCUUCAAACAUGUGUGAACCUACAAGGAUCAUUUGAAUGCAAGGAUUGUCCACAAGGACAAAUCUCCGUGAACAACAAGUGUACAGUGAAAACAUGUGCCCAUGUCCAGUGUAAGGUCAAUGAAGUUUGCGUAAAUGCAGAUGGACCAACAUGUCAAUGUAAACCGGGAUACCGUUCUACAGUUAUUGGAUGUAUAGAUAUCGACGAGUGUGCCACAAAUACUGCUAAUUGUAACUCGAAUCUUCAAACAUGUGUGAACCUACAAGGAUCAUUUGAAUGCAAGGAUUGUCCACAAGGACAAAUCUCCGUGAACAACAAGUGUACAGUGAAAACAUGUGCCCAUGUCCAGUGUAAGGUCAAUGAAGUUUGCGUAAAUGCAGAUGGACCAACAUGUCAAUGUAAACCGGGAUACCGUUCUACAGUUAUUGGAUGUAUAGAUAUCGACGAGUGUGCCACAAAUACUGCUAAUUGUAACUCGAAUCUUCAAACAUGUGUGAACCUACAAGGAUCAUUUGAAUGCAAGGAUUGUCCACAAGGACAAAUCUCCGUGAACAACAAGUGUACAGUGAAAACAUGUGCCCAUGUUCAGUGUAAGGUCAAUGAAGUUUGCGUAAAUGCAGAUGGACCAACAUGUCAAUGUAAACCGGGAUACCGUUCUACAGUUAUUGGAUGUUUAGAUAUCGACGAGUGUGCCACACAUACUGCUAAUUGUAAGCCGAAUCAAAUAUGUGAGAACCUACCAGGAUCAUAUCAAUGCAAAGAAUGUCCAACAGGACAAAUCCCUGUGAACAACGAGUGUAUAGGGAAAACAUGUAAGCAUGUCAAAUGUGGUGAACAUGAAGAGUGCAAAGAAACAAGAAAUGGACCAAAAUGUGAAUGUGUGAAGGGAUAUUAUUAUACUGUGAAUGGAUGUGAAGUGAAAACAUGCGCAUUUCAUACGUGUGAAUACAACCAGGUUUGUAUAGAUACAGCUUACGGACCCAAAUGUAAAUGUAAAAAGGGGUACUACUACCAUGAAGAUAAAUGUAAAGUGGCAACAUGUGCAACUUACAAGUGUGAAUACAACGAAGUUUGUAAAAAUACAGAGCAUGGACCCAAAUGUGAAUGUCAGCAGGGGUACUAUUACCAUGAAAACGCAUGUAAAGCUGCUGCGAAAUGUCCUCAUGUGAAGUGUAGUUAUAAUGAAUACUGUUACACUAAAACUGGAAAAUGCUAUCCAUGUAAAGAUAUCUGCGAGAAAUUUACAGAGGGAACUGAUGUGUACAAAUCAUGUUAUUCCUAUUACUGCAAUGGUGACUAUGGUAGAUACACGGCUUAGUCAUGUUAACAUAUAUCCUGUACUUUUUUCCGACUAUUUGAUUCGAUAUUUCAAAUUAUUCUCUUUUCACAAAUUUUGAUUGUUCUCUUUUGUUUUUACCUUGUUUUACGAUACAAAAAACAAAAAUAUAGAGAAAUUUUCAGAUCAGGAGGAACUUUUAGGCCAGAGAUAAAGAAACACAAAUUCUACUAUUGAAAUAAAAUUUUAU